UUUACACUGUUUUGUAUACAAAUUUUAUAUCGUAUAUUUUUACAAUUAACCAUGUCCAGAUGAUGAAUGUGGGCCUGCUCUUCUGUAAAUGACACGUCCAGCUUUACCUUUUUAAAAUCUAUUUAGCUAAGAAAAAUUAUGAGGAUGUGUCGGUGUUAAACAUUUGAGAUUUUGUGUGUAUGUGUGUGUGUGUGUGUGAGUGUGUGUCAGAUACGUCGUCAAAUGAAACCUUUUUUUACAAAAUAAUUUCUUGAAUUAUCUUUUUGCACAGAAAUAAUUACCCAAUACAAAAUCGAUUUACACAAAUUUGGCAAUACCGACUGCUGGAUAAUUGGCAUUUAGACUAAAAAGACAUAAACGAGACAUCAGUAGGUUUGCUUUAGAUAAUAGGCUAUUAGCCUAAUUAUUUGUAUUUUAUUUUUAAACAAAUGAACGUUGCGCGCGAACCUGAUCCACAAGCGAGUUUCGUUCAACAAGAAACUAUAAUGAAAUGUUUAUUUUGCCGUCUAAUUUCUCGUGGUUUGUGUCAUAAGCAAACUAAUUUUGUCACAAAAUCCAAUCUUGAAAUUGAGGAAGCACGUGCUUUGGCCUUGAGGUUCACGUGCUUUCAGUGCGCAAAGAGAGCGUUAAGGCCGGAAUAUUAUUAUUAUAUUAAUAUCUAAUAAUAAUAUUAUCCGUAAUAUUUUAGGCUACAAUUUAAGGUGUAUUUAUAUAUUUAUUUAUUUUUACCAAUUGUAACAUUUACGGAUUUGUUUCUAGAGCGUUUGCAAUAAUAUUUUGGUCACAUCUUGUUUUUCUGAAACAAAACUUAGAUUCAACAACCAUUUUACUGAAAAAUAUUUGACUAAAAAUAAACGCUACCAACAAAGGCUGUUAUUCUACCUGUAGAAACCAUUUUGUUCGUCUUAUAGAAAAUUUGAAUUAGCCUAAUUUGCAAAAGAAAUAUAGUCACAUAAAUGCAAUAACCAUAAAGCUGCAGUUAUGUAAGAAACCAAAUUAAUUAAUUAUUGACAGCAUUUAUUUCUUCUUAUUAUAGUAAUAUACAUUUAUUAUUAUUAUUAUUAUUAUCACCACCAUCACUGUUAUAUGCUAUUAUUACAUUAUUCAAUAUCGGCAGCUAAUAAUUAUGUAUUACUGUGAAUAAUAAUAAUAAUAACAUUGUGUCUACUUUUGUUGCUCAUUUUAGACAUUCUACAGAUUGUCUAAAAAAUAUAGACUUGGCUAGGACAAUAAUUUUACUUUUGAUGUCAGCAAAUUAAAUGAACAUACGGUAUUUGGUUAAAUAUUUAGUAACAAAAUCAAAUGCCGAACGCAAACCCCAGUGCUCAACCCAGUAUUCUUUUUAAAACAUAUCGUUCAUCUAGAAUUUAAAAAGACAGUGCUAAAAUGUACUAUUUAGUUUGCAUUGACUAUAAUGUUUAUCUUCAAUAGCCUACGAUUGUCUUCGCUGGUCCUUUUGCCAAAAUUUCCCCAUGGUGUAGUAUUGGUUAAAAAAAAUGAAUAAGGUGAAAUCGCAAUGAUUUGGGAUGGAAGCUUGAUAAAGCACUUGAAUUAAGCAGUUCUGCAAGGGGAGGAGCUUGCCCGUGAACCCCAGUCAGUCCCAAUUGAGCGCGCAGCAGAAGGAAACGUACAGCGCCAUGGUUGAAAAGCCAAUUGUAGGGGACACUGUUGCCUUGGCCCAAAAUAUGCUCCAGCAAUGUCAUGCUCCAAGAGUUUCUCUGCGGUGAUUGUCACACUGUCUGAAGGGAAAUAUUUCGAUAGCCCAGGUAUAAAGGAUCCUUUGCGUGGGGCGGACAGAGGCUCACGUCCCUGGACUGCCAAGUCCAAAAUAGCGGGACCACCCCAGUGUGUUUGAUCGCCUUCUAGAGAGUAAAGCAGAUUCAGAGUCAGACAUCCCCGGCUCUGUAAGCCAUGGCUCUGCCGCGUCACCAGUUUCUCCAUGGAGCUGUGAACUGGGAUGGAGAGCACUUGAGUCCCGUCCAGGUUCCUCAUGUCAGCGCGUGCCCAUUCACCGCUUCAGGUCGAAAAGAGGACCCCUUCUAUUUUACUCUGGACCCGACAGGGCAAGCCAGGCAGCCUCUCGACAUCUCCUCCUUCAGCAGAUUCGUUACAGAUAUGGGCUCUCUGAAUGGUACGGACAACCAUCGCCCAGAACCGUGUUUUUACUCCGGACACAAACUCGUAUCACUUAAUACCGACUUGGAUCCAGACAGCCCGACGCAGUCUUCCAACUCAGACUCUCAACAGUUACCCAGUCAGUCUUUCUCUACGCCAUCCUGGUCAGAAACUGACAAUAAGCCUGAUACUGCGCAUUAUUUAGCAAUGGAAAGCACUAAAUACCCAAGUCAGUGGACUGAAAGCAGAACCAGCAGGAGCAUCAUCACCACACUACGCAUCAGUCAGAGAAGUAGAGACGACAUAGAGCCAAAUAAUCUUCAGACAGACUUCACCGAGCGCGAUAAAACUAACAAAGAGAAGACUCAAGAUGUGACUUUAGAAAACGCUGCAAAUGGCUGGCUGUCGGCGAAAGCAGGGAGAAAGAAGCGAUGUCCUUACAGCAAAUACCAACUCUUAGAGCUGGAAAAAGAAUUCCUCUUCAAUAUGUACCUGACUCGCGAGCGCCGCCUGGAGAUUAGCCGGAGCAUAAACCUCACCGACCGCCAGGUUAAAAUCUGGUUUCAGAAUCGCAGGAUGAAAAUGAAAAGAAUGACUCGAGAACACCGGACGAGGGACCCUGACACAAGUUUCACUAUCUAAUAUGUUAUGUAAGACGGUUAAAAAGAGCGCACAAAUUAUUGCAGAUCAUUCGUUGCAAGUGGAAUGAUGCAACUGCUACUUCUGAUGGAUUAACGGGAGGAAGUGAUCAGUCAAAACUUACUACGGUGUUUCACAACAAUGCGUGUUCCAUAAGGCAAAUGUAAGGGAGAUCAAUGUAAUACCUCGCAUGAAGAACAAAAAAGUGUAGCUAAAGAAAUAAGGAAAGACUAGUGUUGGCUUGUCAUAUUCACGUAGGCCUGGUCAAAGUUUAUUGGUGUCGUUUAAGUUCUGGCCUACUUUUUAACGACCUUAUGUUUUGUAAUUUUCGAUAGGCUGUUUUAUAAUUUUAUUUUAUUACAGGUUAUAAGUGUUACACCGGUUGUUUUCUUCUUUAGACAGAAGCCUAUAACUAAGAAUAGAUGCGGACACACUCGAGUAAACAAAACUCAAAGGGAUUCCGUUGUCAGAGGAGCUGUUACAUCAAGCACAGGUAGCUACAGUUAUUUUGUUUUUAAUGUUGUUUGUUGUCUAGUCGUUAGACUGGCUCGAAUGAAAAGGCACAAAUGCUCUUCUUCUUCUGAAGCAUGGAUGAAUGUACCUAAACUGUGAUACUUAAAAUUGCUGUUUUAAAAAGCUGUGCAUUUUAAAUAAAAGAUUGCCUUACGAUGACAGCGUUUAUUUGGUAUAAGCCCCUGGCCAGUUUGAAAAUGACAAAAUUUCUAAUUAUGUGUAGGCCUAUUUCGUCGGCAGUUUCAAUUUAGUGGUGUGACAGUAAGUUGUGGAAAAAGUAGAUGUAUUUGUGAUCAAUUUCAAAGGUUGCCAAAUAGGAUACAAGUUUUGAAUUUUGAAUAGAGGCCAACUAUUUUUUACUAUAUUGUUUUAUACAGCUCAAGAAACUUAUUCAUGACAACCUAGCCUGGAGAGACGAACAACUUUUCAUUACGUUUUCUUUAGUCUUACAAUUGACAAAUGAAGGCAUUUAAAAAAAAAAAAAAGUCCAUAAAAUUCCAUAACAAUAAGAGCUGAUUGCUAUUAUUUUAUCAAGGUAUGUAAAACGAUUUUGACUAGGCCUACUUGAUCUCGGAUGAAUAGAUUAUAACAGACAAGACAUUUGAGUUUUAUUAGGACAGAAUGUUUUAAAAUGUGAUUUGAUUAAUAGUUGUUGUCCUAACACUGGCUCCAAAAGUAUAUGGUUUUUUAUAUAUAUUUUCAUUUUAUUAAGCUAGGAUACCUAUUUUUUAACCAUAAUAUAUAACCUAAGUGAAUCACAGAUAUAAAUUAUAUUGUCUCUGCAUGGGAUCAAUUUCAAAUGGCAUUUGAACUUUAACAAAUAAGCAGAAGUUAAUGUUUACGCAUUUGGAUUCAUUUUAAGUUCUGCUUUCAUCUGCACUGAUUUAAAUAUUUCAGGUUUCCAUUUGAAUGGUCAAAAAAAUAUUCUGAGCGCUUUAUGUGAUUAGGCUCAUAAGAUUUAACCGGACAUAAUGGAUGUGAGCGAUAGGUAGAGCCUAUAUGCUGGAAACGUUUGGGAUGUUAAUGUGCACUGUGAAUUAUAUUUAUUAUUAAAUGUGUA